ACAAUCCCACCACCCAGGAAUCCGCCCUUAGCAACCGGCAGGCUACAAUCUGCAGCGGCUCCCGCCGCCUCGUGCGCCCCAGCCGCCUGCUGCCCGGCGGCCCGGCCCGGGGAGGAUCGACGCGGCUGCGGGAGGACGGAGCAUGAGCGGCGGCCGGAGAGUUAGAGCAGCCUCUGUCCUUCCCAGAUACAGUCCACCGUGCCUAUUUCAAGGACACUUGAGCACCAAAAGCAACGCUUUUUGCACUGACUCCUCCUCUCUCAGACUAAGUACUCUGCACCUGGUCAAGAAUCACAUGGCUGUUCACUAUAAUAAAAUACUUUCAGCCAAAGCUGUUGUAGACUGCUCAGUUCCAUUAAGUAUGAGUGCCAGCAUCAAAUAUGCAGACCAACAACGAAGAGAGAAACUCAGAAAGGAAUUAGCACGUGGCGAAAGGGAAAUGAAAAUAAGUAAGCGGGCCAAUUCUAAAAUCAGUUCCAAGUCCUUGUUUAACAUUCUUCAAAAGCCUUCAGAGGAACGGCUUGUGGAGGGUGAUGUGUUCAUCGCAGAAGUCAACGAGGCCUCUUCCUUUCCAAAGUUACCGGUAACUUCUUCAGAGAAAUUCCACCUAACGCCCCCUAACGCCAGUAAAAUGCUCACCAGUCGUCCUGAGAAGAACUCCAGCUUCACCCCACCCUCCGUGGACUCUGCCAUCUCAGGGCCCAGGAAGGCGGGGUCUGGGACCCCAAGUGGCAGAGAGUCCAGGAGCACAUGCCCCAACCCCCGCUACUCCCAGUUAGUUAUUCCCAAAGCGCCCAAGGGGGACCUUUUGGAUCAACAUUCUGAACUCUUCUCUGACGGGCAUUUGCCGUUCACUCCCCGUACUUUAAAGACAGAAGCCAAAUCCUUCCUGUCACAGUAUCGAUACUACACACCUGCCAGAAGAAAAAAGGGCUUUACGGACCAGUGUUCAGAAGCUGAAACCCAGACGGAAUCAAGCAGCUUUAAAUCUGAUUGUAAUACAGUGGAGAUUAAGAAAUUCCCAGAUUCAGAAGUGAACGUAAAGCAGGGACACGGCUUCCUGCAGGAGGAAACUAGUGAUGGCGCCUUUCAACAUUCCUCCUCCUCCUCCACAAAUGGAUUAUUACUAGCAUGUCAUAUUAUUGAACGCUGUGACCCAUUGUUCAGGUCCGAUUUUUGUUGUUGUUACUUUCUUUCCAGAGCAGUAUGUCAGUAUUCCCUGCAGCUUCCCACAGAGAGAAAAGUCUACUCUGAUGAAGAAGAACUGUUGUAUCUGAGUUUCAUUGAAGAUAUAACAGAAGAUAUUUUGAAACUUGGUUUGUUUUCAAACAGGUUUUUGGAACAACUAUUUGAACGACAUAUAAGACAAAAUAAGCACCAUUUGGAGGAGGAAAAAAUGCGUCAUCUGGUACAUGUCCUGAAGUUGGAUUUAGGCUGUGAGAACUCAGUGAAGCCGGACGACAUUGCUAUGUUGAGUUUGCUUGAUUCUGAAAGUGCCGCGAAGCCCAGGGAAAAGGAAGUGAAGGCUGAGCCCAGCGCGGUGACCCACCUGGAGCGCCAGGAAUACCAGCACGCUCUGCACAUGCUGCUGUCCGCCCCGGAGGAGGAGGAGCUGCCGGCCCCAGCCAGUGGUUUCUUCAUGCCCAUCCCCAAAUCCAAGUCUCCAGAGGGAGUUACCAUCCAGCAGGUGAGUGAAGACAGCAGCAGCCUCCCUGCUUCCUUCUGGGAUGAGAAGAUCUCGAGUGCUUCAGACAUCUUGACAGACCCGGAAACCUACGUGAGCGUCAUCGAAGGAGACAGUGACACCGAAAAGCCUGAGCCUUCGGCUGAGCUGUGCUGUGUCAGCGCCGCCCUCUCCCAGCCCCACCAGCUGUGCGGCACCAGCAGCGACCUGGUCUGCUCAGCUCUGAGAAUCACAGAUAUGACCCUUCAGGACUGAUCUGUGGGUGUUUGAUCUCCAUGAAUAAACUCCCCCAGUGGCCAAUAA